AUGGCUUCGUCCAGCUCCUCCAGCACCUCAGGCGGCCCCAUCGCCAGAGGAUCUCGAAGGAGGAGGCUCGUUCUGAAGCUGAGCCAGAAGGACACCCUGCAAGCGCUCUUUCAACAGAACCCCUACCCUGGGAUAGCGACCAGAGAACGACUGGCCCGAGAGCUUGGCAUUGCCGAAAGCAGAGUUCAGGUCUGGUUUCAGAACCAACGAAGAAGACGGUUAAAGCAGAGCCGAUCGCCGUCUGCAAAUAUGCGCCAAGACGGGGAAGGGGCGCCAGGAGAGGCCAGGAGAAAGAGGACAGCCAUCUCUCCUUCUCAAACAAGGAUCCUUGUGCAAGCCUUCACGAGGGAUCGCUUUCCAGGGAUUGCCGCCAGGGAAGAACUGGCUCGUCAGACGGGAAUCCCAGAACCUCGAAUCCAGAUAUGGUUUCAAAACCGAAGAGCUCGGCACCCCCAGCAGAGCGCAAGGGGGCCUGGCAAUGCGCCUUCCCCGGGGGCUGCUGCGGAUGCAGGAGCACACCCUGCCCUCCCAGGGACAGCCAGCAUCCUAGAAGAGUUCGUGGAGGCCACAGGCAUCCCGGACAUGCAGGCGCCUUCCCCGGGGGCUGCUGCAGAUUCAGAAAUAUGGUUUCAAAACCGAAGAGCUCGGCACCCCCAGCAGAGCGCAAGGGGGCCUGGCAAUGUCCGGGCCCGAGGACCAGGCGGCGCAUCGGCCACGACCGCUCCUGCUCCAGAGGACCGAAGGGCCCCACCCGCUGUCCACAGCACCUCUCCUCCCCUUGGCCCCUCUCAGACACAGGAGAGCAUGCCACCCUUGGCUGCAGCCGCUCCUUUGGGCGCCCCCACCUUCUGGGUGCCCGGGACUGCCUCUGGGGUCUGUGUGGGCCAGCCGUUGAUGUUCUUCGUGAUCCAGCCCAGCCCGAUGGCUCUCCAGCCAAGUGAGAAGCCACCACCUCCUCCCCAGGUAGCAGUGCCCUGGGCCGCGUGCUCCCCUGCUGACACGGCCCCUUGGCAGCCUGGGCCAGGGGCCAUCCUGCCGCCUCUACAGCCUGAGACACACAUCAGGCGGAGGCCAGAGUCACCCGUUGCUGAAGGCACGGCCCCUCUGCUAGAGCCACAGCCCCAUCCGCCCAGCCUUCCAAGAUCGACAAGCCUCCUAGAUGAGCUCUUGGCGGCCACCGGCAUCCUGGAAACGCAGGCGCCUUCCGCGGGGGACGCUGCAGAUGCACGAGACACGCCCUGGUCUUCACCGCGGGCCGCUGCGGACGAAGAAGGAGUUGAGGCAAUCCUGGAGGCACCCCUCAGAGAGGAGGAUUACCAGGCACUCCUGGACAUGCUGCCAGGCUCCCCAGGCCCUCGGGCUUAG